AUGAGGUCGACAACAAACGGCUCACUCCCCCUCGUCCUUGCCUCAUCCACGGAUGACAAGACAGUGGUGGACAUCGACGCCAUUAUGGACAACGUCACCAUUGUGCUUUACAUCAUAACUGUCUUGCUAGGAACAACUGGCAACGCGAUGGUUAUCUGGGUGGCCGGGUUCAAACUCCGUCCCAAGGUCACCAACGUGUGGCUAGUCAACCUGGCUGUGGCUGACUUCAUAUUUUGCCUCACCCGCAUCCUCUCACUGGUCAAGAAGCUCUUCUUCGACCACUGGCCCUUUGGGGUCUUCUUUUGCAAGUUCAACGGGUUCUUUAAGUACGCCAACAUGUUCUGUAGUGUUUUCCUUCUGGCCGUCAUCAGCCUGGACCGGGCAGUGUGCGUCUGGUGGCCCAUCUUCACCAAAAAUCACCGGACGCUCUCGGCAGCGCGGCUCAUCAGCGUUGGGGUGUGGGUAGGAGCAUCCAUUUUGAGCUCCCCCUACUUCGUCUACCGGCAGGUUUACUUGGGCAAGAACAACCUGAGCAAGUGCUCGUUUGAGGUGAAAGAGGCCAUAGAUGGCGACAACACCGCCAAGAAUUGGCUGUACUCCAUUCGCUUCCUGUGUGGCUUUCUGCUCCCCUUCCUGGUCAUCCUCUGCUGCUACGCCAUCGCCGGCUUUGGCAUACGCCGCACGCGGGCUCCGGGGAAGACUCGCCCUCUUCGCAUCCUCGCCUCAUUGGUCUGUGCCUUCUUCCUGUGCUGGGCACCCUACCACUGCCUCCUGCUGGCUAAGAUGGUGGAUAGCAAGACUGCCGUUGUGAAGAUAGGACUGCCUAUAGCUAAAGGCUUUGCCUACUUCAACAGCUGUGUGAACCCGCUGCUGUACUUCUGCAUGGGCCUGGACGUGAGGAGCAGGUUCAGGCAGAGCCUGGCAGGGGUGUACCGGAGGGCCCUAACCGAGGACGAGGACGGGCGCUCCACGCAGUCCAACGAGCGCCCCAUGCAGUCCAACGAGCACACGCAAGGGAGCAGCUGUGUGUCGAGGACACGCAGGGAUGGAGGGGGAAAGGGUCCCUGUCGACACGCCAAGUAUCUGAGGGAAAUGGUGUUUAACGGUGAUAAAGUUGCCGUGGAAACCUUCACAACAGAGGACAGAGGGCAAAAUGUAUCGCUUUCCCCAAAAAUAUUUUGUAUGGUAACAAUGAAGAGCAAUGUAUAUUUUACAAAAAAAUAAGACUCAGUCACCCUAAGGAUUCAGUUCUUCAGAAUCAAGACAACGGGGCCACACGCAUGUAGUAUUUUUACUCUUCUGUUAUUUCAAGUUCAGAAUGAAAAAACAGGGCCUACUGUAGCCAUGGACAAAGUGCUUUUUCACUGUGUAAUGUUUGUUUCUAGACAUGAUUUGAGAGUACUAUACAUAAGAGAAUAAUGCUGUUAGAAUAAAUAAAAUAUUUGGUUUC